CUAUAGUAACGCCAUCGUUUGAGUAUAAUAGUAAACUUUGUCGUUUGUACUGUCCUAUGCAUUUAAUUUGGUCUGGCUGGUUGCAAUAAGUGAUUAACUUCUUAUAUCUGUAAUAAUUGCUAUAACAUAAAUAUUAUUUGAAUAUAUUAACGCAUAUUAAGAUGGCUACGAUUGCACGUAAUCUUCGCCCUUAUUUAAAAUACAUUCGUAAUCAAAGAAGAACUUAUGCUGAUAAACCUAUUAGCGAUGAAAUGAAAUUUACUUUUGCUGGAGCUAAUCAGGUGUUUUAUGAUGAAUCUGUAAUUAAACAAGUAGAUGUACCAUCAUUUUCUGGUUCUUUUGGUAUUUUACCAAAACAUGUUCCUACUUUAGCUGUAUUAAAACCUGGUGUAGUCACAGUAUAUGAACAAGAUGGAUCAGUCAAAAAAAUUUUUGUUUCUUCGGGUACAGUUACUAUAAAUGAAAACAAUAGUGUACAGAUUUUAGCAGAAGAAGCUCAUCCUGUAGAAAAUCUUGAUAGUUCAGCAAUUAGAGAACUUCUUAGUAAAGCUCAACAAGAACUUUCAUCUGCAACAACUGAUCAAGAUAAAGCUGCAGCAACAAUUGCAAUUGAAGUUUCAGAAGCUCUAGUGCAAGCUGUACAAUAAACAUUAAUCAAGCAUUGAGUAUGUGUUAAAAUAUUAUUCUUAUGUAAUUAUUAAAUUUUUUAGGAUAUAUGUCGUCAUAUGUAAAAAAUAUAGUAAUAUUAAAACAAUUACUAAGUUAUAUAUAUAUACAUGUAUGUAUAUAUGUAACUGACCUCAUCACAAAAUAAUAUGUAAUGAAAAAAAAUAACAAUAGAUAACUUUUAAUAUAAUUUAUUAAUUAUUAACAAAAUUCUUUUAAUUAAAGCAAUUUUUUUAUAUAAAA